GCUGGCGUGGGCGAAAGAUGGCGACGCCCCUCGGGUGGUCGCAGGGGGGCUCUGGAUCAGUGUGUCUCGCCUUCGAUCAACUGCGGGACGUGAUCGAAUCUCAGGAGGAACUGAUCCAUCAGCUGAGGAACGUGAUCUCAAGUCUCAUGCUAGGUGCCCUGGGUAUCAUUCCACUGUCUGACCUUGGUCCUGAUCCCUAGAGAGCGCUCCUCCCACUCCAGCCCCAGGCCCUCCCUGAGCCAGGCUCUGUUGCAGAUGGUUCUCCAGGAUGAAAAUUUUGUCAGUAAAGAAGAGUUCCAGGCAGUGGAGAAGAAGCUGGUGGAAGAAAAAGCUGCCCACGCCAAGACCAAGGUCCUCCUGGCCAAGGAAGAGGAGAAGUUGCAGUUUGCCCUUGGGGAAGUAGAGGUGCUAUCUAAACAGCUGGAGCAAGAGAAGCUGGCUUUUGAAAAGGCGCUCUCCAGUGUCAAGAGCAGAGCUCUGCAGGAAUCCAGCAAGAAGGACCAGCUCAUCACCAAGUGCAAUGAGAUUGAGUCUCACAUUAUAAAGCAAGAAGAUAUACUUAAUGGCAAAGAGAAUGAGAUUAAGGAGUUGCAGCAAGUUAUCAGCCAGCAGAAACAGAUCUUCAGGAAUCACAUGUCUGACUACCGGAUCCAGAAGCAGCAGGAGAACUACAUGGCCCAAGUACUGGACCAGAAGCAUAAGAAAGCCUCAGGGACGCUUCAGGCCCGGAGCCACCAGCGCCCCAGGGAAAAAUAAAAUGGUCGUCGCCUUCCUGUU